AUGCUGUCCGUUGUGGUUUUGACUUGCUUAAUCCCGUUCAUUAUUGCCACAGGCAAGUAUCAGAUUAUUUACUUUGUGCUAAUGGGAUUGAAUGUUUUAGAUCCCCCACCAUGUGAUGGCCAUAUCAAAGUAAAACCAGUCCAUAUGACGAAAGGUGGCGUAUCAUAUGUCAAACUAACAGUCGAUCAUCAUGAGCCUGUUGAAGUACAUUUCUCUCUGGACCCUUUAAUGAAGAUCGAUAAAGUAAAGUGGACUCUUAACGGACAUCCCAUUGACGUCGAUCAAGAUGAAACCAAAGCCGCCGUUUAUUGGAAACGGGACCUAUUUGGCAUCGCCCUCAUCAUCCGUUAUCCCAAGCAACAGUUCAUUGGAAAUUGGCAGAUGGAAGUUUUUGAUCCCGACGAUGCAUCUACAAAACAAUCAUGUCAACUGCAGUCACCGCCGAUGGUUCAACGCUUUGUUGAGUCAUUCCGCUCCACAGAAGGCUACGAGUUGACCGUGCUUUGCAAGAGUGGCAGUUUGCCUCACCCCUCCAGGGUUCAGUGGUACCGCGCUGAGGGAACCGGAGAUUCUACCACCUUGAUUCCUAUUCAUACUGCUGAAAUGACCCAUAUCCCUGGCGACACCCUCCGCUUUAAGGAGGUCAAAAUGAGCGAUAGCGGCGUCUAUCUCUGCAACACUACCGUUGCUGUCGAUGGAUUCGUUGACUCCUCUGCAGCUGAAGUCAAAAUCAAAAUUGGUAGCCAAAUUUUUUCGCCUUUUUCUCUCCAUCUUUGCGGCAAAUAA